AACACUUAAAGAAAUCCUCUUUCUCUCACUCUUUUUACUUACUCUAAUUAAUGGCUAGCAGCAGCAACAGAGACGAACCGCUUUCUUUCAUGAACCCUUCUUCUUCUUCAUCACCAAUUCAAGUUUCAGAUUAUCUUGGGGUUGAAGGUCUAAAUUCUCAGAUUGGAAGCGCUUCUGGAAGCUUUCAAAACGAAGGAUUUCUUACAACAGGAGGAGGAGAUGCUGGAAGUGGAAGUAAUAGCGAUAUUGAGUUUGGUUUCUUGCGCCCUGAAUUUGGGCAGACUUCUUUAGUUGGUUCAGUACAGAUCUAUGACCGUCAUGUCUUCUUAUGUUAUAAAAAUCCUCAAGUAUGGCCUCCUCAUGUUGAAGCGGCGGAAUUUGAUCGGUUGCCUAGACUUCUUUGUGCUGCUCUUUUGGCUAGAAAGGCUGAGAUGAAGAAACAGACUCGGUUAACAAUAUGUGAGGGACACGAUGGUACCGAGACAUCAAAUGGGGAUAUUUUGAUCUUCCCUGACAUGAUUAGAUACAGGCGACUGACACAUUUUGAUGCGGAUACAUUUGUUGAAGAAGUUCUAGUGAAAGACAACGAAUGGCUGCCUGGAACACCCGAGGUACUAUCAGGUACAUAUGUCUUUGUGUGUUCUCAUGGAAGUCGGGAUCUUCGAUGUGGUGUCUGUGGACCUGCAUUGAUUGCACGAUUUAAAGAAGAGAUUGACUUACGGGGUGUCCAAGGUGUGUCUGUUAGCCCCUGUUCACACAUUGGGGGACACAAAUAUGCUGGAAAUGUGAUUAUAUUCAGUCGAAAUAGCGAUGGAAUGGUUAGCGGUCAGUGGUAUGGGUAUGUUGCCCCAGAUGAUGUACCUCUUUUGCUUGAGCAGCAUAUUGGGAAUGGAGAAAUUAUAGACAGACUUUGGAGGGGUCAGAUGGGUUUAUCCAUAAACGACCAAAAGCGCGAUCAAGAGCUAAGGCUGCAACUAAACAAUAAAGCCAACUACGAAAAUAUAAUAAGAGAACCGGUUGAUGAUUAUGAGGUUGAACCAAAUGGCACUUCCUAUGAGACUGCAGGUUGUUGUCAAGGCAAUGAAAGCUCUUCGUGUUGUCAAGUACCAGAAAGGAUAGAACGAAACAAUCACGUCGUGAACGAGGAGGUGAAAUUUCCUAAAGAAAAGAAGAUAAAGAAGGGCACUGACAAGAAACUGCUUCGAACUAGUAGUGGCAAGGGUACUAGCACAAGAAAAGUUUGUGCAAUGCCAACAUGGUUUGAAAGUUGGGAACGGGAAGAUACCUAUGCUGCUCUUGCUGUUGUCGGGGCUUUUGUUUCAGUUGCCAUUGCAUAUAGUUCUUAUAAGCAACUGAGAUGACUUGAGCUUCAGUAGUCUAGGUCCUAGCAUCAGAAAAAAAGAAAAGGUCCUAGCAUGAACCAGGCCCAGCUCUGAAGCCCGCAGCCCAGGGUGCAAAACAAAAUUAUUAUCUUGAAGGCCAAAAAAAAAUUUGUUAUUUGUAAACUUCUUAGUUCUUACGUAGUGAUUUGUUUGUCUUUUCAAUUCAAUUAAUUUAGGUUGUUAAUUAUAAUUAGUAGAACCUUAAGAAUUGAGCUCCGUCUUCCUGUAAAGUAAACUAGUAAAAAUAAAGGAAAAAUUAACGGCAA